GGAAAGUAGGUUAGUGGUGCGACAUUUAGGGAAGGCAGAAAGUAGGUCAGGGACGGAGGUGCCUGUUUACCCGCGCCGGACUCUCCGCCGCCGCCGCCGCGGGAUCUGAGUGCGGGCGCGGGCGCGGGUGCUCCCGGCGAGCCACGGUGGUGUUGGCUACAGUGCAUAUUUUGGACCCAAGCUUAACUUUUCAAAUGUGGAAUCCUAGGCCUUCAUUGGAGUAUCUGACCAAGUUCAUUUGUAAUGAAUGCCCUGUGAACCUGGCCUGGAGAUCAGAGACAUAGAUUCCAACUUCAGUUCUGCUGGUAACUCCUCAGUAACAGCAGGUUUCUGAAAGAAGUUGACUGCCUGCAAGGGAGCUACAAAACAUGAAAAUUGCUUUGAGGUGACCGACACGUCCAGUGGCCCCUUGCUCCUCCCAUGGUGGAUCUGAGGUUUAAGAGCUAGAGCUUCAGAUGAGGAAACUCGGGCCCAGAGAGAGGGAGUGACAGCCCCAGUCACGCAGUGUGGAGCGUGGACCCGACUGUGGGCAGUACACGGUCCUCUUUGGCUUGGCGUUGGAGACCCUCGCCAGACCUCCAAUGGCAGACCAGAGAAUGGACAUUUCCUCAACAAUCAGUGAUUUCAUGUCGCCGGGCGCCACCGACCUCCUGUCCAGUCCCCUGGGCACCAGUGGCAUGGAUUGCAACCGCAAACGGAAGGGCAGCUCUACCGACUACCAAGAAAGCAUGGACACAGACAAAGAUGACCCUCAUGGAAGGUUAGAAUACACAGAGCACCAAGGAAGGAUCAAAAAUGCAAGGUUGCAGCUGAAGCCUGGACGUGGAGAAUGCCCUGCUGCCUUGAGCAGAUUCUCUAAAUUGAUCCUUCCUGCCUCCAGCCACACUCUCACUUCCACGGAAGCUCACAGUCAGAUUGAAAAGAGGCGUCGGGAUAAAAUGAACAGUUUUAUUGAUGAAUUGGCUUCUUUGGUACCAACAUGUAAUGCGAUGUCCAGGAAAUUAGAUAAACUUACUGUGCUAAGGAUGGCUGUUCAGCACAUGAAAACGUUACGAGGUGCCACCAAUCCAUACACAGAAGCAAACUACAAACCAACUUUUCUGUCAGAUGAUGAAUUAAAACACCUCAUUCUCAGGGCAGCAGAUGGAUUUUUGUUUGUCGUAGGAUGUGACCGAGGGAAGAUCCUCUUUGUCUCUGAGUCUGUCUUCAAGAUCCUCAACUACAGCCAGAAUGAUCUGAUCGGUCAGAGUUUGUUUGACUACCUACAUCCAAAAGAUAUAGCCAAAGUCAAGGAGCAGCUCUCCUCAUCAGACACCGCACCCCGGGAGCGGCUUAUAGAUGCAAAAACCGGACUUCCAGUUAAGACCGAUGUAACCCCUGGGCCGUCUCGGCUAUGUUCUGGAGCACGGCGUUCUUUCCUCUGUAGGAUGAAGUGUAACAGGCCUUCAGUAAAGACUGAAGACAAGCAUUUCCCCUCCACCUGCUCAAAGAAAAAAGCAGAUCGGAAAAGCUUCUGCACAAUCCACAGCACAGGCUAUUUGAAAAGCUGGCCACCCACAAAGAUGGGGCUGGACGAAGACAAUGAGCCAGACAAUGAGGGGUGUAAUCUCAGCUGCCUCGUCGCAAUUGGACGACUGCAUUCUCACGUGGUCCCACAACCGGUGAAUGGGGAAAUCAGGGUGAAAUCUAUGGAAUAUGUUUCUCGGCACGCGAUAGAUGGGAAGUUUGUUUUUGUAGAUCAGAGAGCAACAGCUAUUUUGGCAUAUUUACCACAAGAACUUCUAGGUACAUCAUGUUAUGAAUAUUUUCACCAAGAUGACAUAGGACAUCUUGCAGAAUGUCAUAGGCAAGUUUUACAGACGAGAGAAAAGAUUACAACUAACUGCUAUAAGUUUAAAAUCAAAGAUGGCUCUUUCAUCACACUACGAAGUCGGUGGUUCAGUUUCAUGAACCCAUGGACCAAGGAAGUAGAAUACAUUGUCUCAACCAACACUGUUGUUUUAGCCAACGUCCUGGAAGGCGGGGACCCAACCUUCCCGCAGCUCACAGCAUCCCCCCACAGCAUGGACAGCAUGCUGCCCUCUGGAGAAGAUUCCUUUGUUGUAGGUGGCCCAAAGAGGACCCACCCUACUGUUCCAGGGAUUCCAGGGGGAACCAGGGCUGGGGCAGGAAAAAUAGGUCGAAUGAUUGCUGAGGAAAUCAUGGAAAUCCACAGAAUAAGAGGGUCAUCACCUUCCAGCUGUGGCUCCAGCCCACUGAACAUCACAAGCACACCUCCCCCUGAUGCCUCUUCUCCGGGAGGCAAGAAGAUUUUAAAUGGAGGGACUCCAGACAUUCCUUCCAGUGGCCUACUAUCAGGGCAGGCUCAGGAGAACCCAGGUUAUCCAUAUUCUGAUAGUUCUUCUAUUCUUGGUGAGAACCCUCACAUAGGCAUAGACAUGAUAGACAACGAUCAAGGCUCAAGUAGUCCCAGUAAUGAUGAAGCAGCAAUGGCUGUCAUAAUGAGCCUCUUGGAAGCAGAUGCUGGCCUGGGUGGCCCUGUUGACUUUAGCGACUUGCCAUGGCCGCUGUAAACUACAUGUUGCUUUAGCAACAGCUACAGUAUCAAAGUGCAUUACUGGUGGAGUUUUACAGUCUGUGAAGCUUACUGGAUAAGGAGAGAACGGCUUUUAUGUACUGUCUUCAUAAAAGCAAUCUCAGAGCCAUUGAUACAAGUCAAUCUUACUAUGUGUAACGUCAAAGUGGAACUAAGCCUGCUCCAGUGUUUCCUCAUCAUUGAUUGGGCUAGCUGUGGAUAGCUUGCAUUAAUUGUAUAUUUUGGAUUCUGUUUGUGUUGAAUUUUUUAAUCAUUGUGCACAGAAGCAUCAUUGGUAGCUUUUAUAUGCAAAUGGUCAUUUCAGAUGUAUGGUGUUUUUACACUACAAAGAAGUCCCCCAUGUGGAUAUUUCUUAUACUAAUUGUAUCAUAAAGCUGUUUAUUCUUCCUUGUAAGAAUCCUUUACUAUAAAUAUGGGUUAAACUAUAAUGUAUUAGUUAAAUAUUUUUAAUAAAUGUUUCCCUUGUUCUAUAAA